AUGACGGUGGUGUCGACAGACAACAUGGACGAGACCUCCACCCUGCCGGGUCACCCGCAGGACCCCUACCCGCCCGAUGAUGACCACGAUGAUCACGACUGCUGUGAGCGGGUGGUCAUCAACAUCUCAGGGCUGCGCUUUGAGACCCAGCUGAAGACGCUCGCCCAGUUCCCGGAUACUCUGCUCGGGAACCCCAAGAAGAGGAUGCGCUACUUUGACCCUCUACGAAACGAGUAUUUCUUUGACCGGAAUCGUCCGAGCUUUGACGCCAUCUUGUAUUACUACCAAUCCGGGGGAAGGUUGAGAAGACCGGUCAACGUGCCACUGGAUAUGUUCUCAGAGGAGAUAAAAUUUUAUGAACUUGGUGCAGAGGCUAUGGAGAAGUUUCGGGAGGAUGAGGGGUUUAUUCGGGAGGAGGAGCGACCCCUGCCAGAGAAAGAGUUCCAGCGACAGAUCUGGCUCCUCUUUGAGCAUCCAGAGAGCUCCGGACCGGCCCGGGGGAUCGCCAUCGUCUCAGUGAUGGUUAUUCUUAUAUCAAUAGUCAUAUUUUGUUUGGAGACACUUCCAGAGUUGAAGGAAGAUCCCAGCGACCGGAUUCAGAUAGUGGGGAACACCACUAUAUUUUACAAACCAAAUGUCCUCACAGACCCAUUCUUUGUGGUGGAGACACUCUGCAUCAUCUGGUUUUCCUUUGAGUUGAUAGUUCGGUUCUUCGCCUGCCCCAGCAAGGCAGCGUUCUUUAAAAACAUGAUGAACUCUAUUGAUAUUGUGGCUAUAAUCCCGUACUUCAUCACACUUGGCACAGAGCUGGCUGAUGACCAAGGCAACAGGGAGGGGAAGGGAGGAGGGGAGCAGGCCACAUCUCUGGCUAUUCUCAGGGUAAUCCGUCUGGUGAGGGUGUUCAGGAUCUUUAAACUGUCCCGACACUCCAAGGGGCUCCAGAUUCUGGGGCAAACUCUAAAGGCGAGCAUGCGGGAGCUGGGCUUGCUCAUUUUCUUCCUCUUCAUUGGCGUGAUUUUGUUCUCCAGUGCUGUCUACUUUGCCGAAGCUGAGGAGAAGGAGUCGUUCUUCACCAGCAUCCCAGACGCGUUCUGGUGGGCCGUGGUGUCUAUGACGACCGUCGGCUACGGGGACAUGUACCCUGUGACCAUCGGAGGGAAGAUUGUGGGCUCGCUGUGCGCCAUUGCUGGUGUGUUAACCAUCGCACUGCCGGUGCCGGUCAUCGUGUCCAACUUCAACUACUUCUACCACCGGGAGACGGAGGGCGAGGAGCAGGCCCAGCUGCUCAACGUCAGUAACCAGAACUUGGCUGACGAUAACGAUGAUGAUGAUGGUGAUGAUGAUGAUGAUGGUGAUGAUGGUGAUGAUGGUGAUGAUGGUGCACUGAGCAGUGCAAACAGAGAUUCCUGCAGCGUGUCGUCGUGUGGUGGUGAUUUCUGUCGACACUGUUUAAGUUCAGUUCUGCUGAGAAAGUGCAUGAAUGACCGAAGACUGAACUGCAUGAUCACAACAUGAAAAUAAAUUAAUGCUGGUCAUAUAUUUUUGCUCAUACAGACAUGAUCAUUGAUAGAAUUAUUACUGUGUAUUUUCUGUCUGCAGAGGAUUCUAAUUCGGUUCACUUUGUCAUUUAGCAGUAGUUCGUCUGUUCCCUCUCGUCCUAACUCACAGUCAGAAGCCAAAGUCUUGUCCUGACCACGACGGCUGAAAGUCCCGGUGCUGGAAACGUAAUUAAAAAAAAAAAAAAAAAAAACUAACUAAAUGUCUUCUCCACUGGGCUGCUGAGAUCCACCCUGAACCCUGGAGUCGUCCACGUCGCAGUAUGUUCGUCCCUUCUUUCGUUUCUUUUUCUCAUGGGUUCUUGCUGCAGUAUGCAACAUCUGUCAUAUGUUGGUGAGGCAUAGUCUGUAACCUAUGCAAGGUUAGUCAACAACUUCUGUCCAUUCU